AUGAUCACCCGGGAAUCGGGCUCAUCAGAGCAUCGUUGGGCACGGGCCCAAGGGAGUGAGGUGCGGGAAGAGGGACAGAGCAUCAGUGCUUCUGUGCUGCUCUGCAACGGUCCCUCUGGCUUCUACGUGGAGCAUGAUCACCCCGCAAUCGGGCUCAUCAGAGCAUCGUUGGGCACGGUGAGAGAGUGUUUACCAGGGCCCAAGGGAGUGAGGGCCCAAGGGAGUGAGGUGCGGGAAGAGGGACAGAGCAUCAGUGCUUCUGUGCUGCUCUGCAACGGUCCCUUUGGCUUCUAUGUAGAGCAUGAUCACCCGGGAAUCGGGCUCAUCAGAGCAUCGUUGGGCACGGUGAGAGAGUGUUUACCAGGGCCCGAAGGGAGUGAGGUGCGGGAAGAGGGACAGAGCAUCAGUGCUUCUGUGCUGCUCUGCAACGGUACCUCUGGCUUCUACGUGGAGCAUGAUCACCCAGCAAUCGGGCUCAUCAGAGCAUCGUUGGGCACGGUGAGAGAGUGUUUACCACGGCCCAAGGGAAGCAUCGUUGGGCACGGUGAGAGAGUGUUUACCACGGCCCAAGGGAGUGAGGUGCGGGAAGAGGGACAGAGCAUCAGUGCUUCUGUGCUGCUCUGCAACGGUCCCUUUGGCUUCUACGUGGAGCAUGAUCACCCCGCAAUCGGGCUCAUCAGAGCAUCGUUGGGCACAAAUGUGAGUAUAGACGAUGUGACUCUAGAGAGCGCCAUUGAGCGGUUGCAGGUGAAGCAGGCACGGGCAGAGAGGGCAGCUGCGAGGAAGGCUGCUAAGGCUGCUAAAGCAGGCAAGGGAAGCAAGGCAGGCGCAGCAGAAACAAGCACAGAGGCUGGGAAAGGGGCAGGGAAAGAGGCAGGGAAAGAGGCAGAGAAAGGGGCAGGGAAAGAGGCAGGGAAAGAGGCAGGGAAGGCUGAUAAGGCUGCAAAAGAGCGCAAGGGGAGCAAGGCGGAGACGAAGCUGCAGAAGGAGGUGGAAGAGACGAAGCUGCAGAAGGAGGUGGAAGAGACGAAGCUGCAGAAGGAGGUGGAAGAGACGAAGCUGCAGAAAGAGGUGGAAGAGACGAAGCUGCAGAAGGAGGUGGAAGAGACGAAGCUGCAGAAGGAGGUGGAAGAGGAGGCGAUAGGAGCUGAUGCAGCAGGAGAAGGAGAGAAGAAGGUGAGAGUGAAAAAGGGCCAGAAGGAGAAGGAGGGAGCUAUAGAAGGGAGGAAAGGAGUGAGCAAGGCAAGCGGGGAGGUGAUGGGAGAGACGAAGCAGCAGGAGGUGGAAGGGGAAGGGAUGGGAGCUGGUGAAGUGGGGGAAGGAGAGAAGAAGGUGAGAGUAAAAAGGGGCCAGAAGGCAAAGGAGGCUGCUGCAGAAGGAAGCAACGCUGUACCCACGGCAAGCGGGGAGGUGAAGGGAGAGACGAUGCUGCAGGAGGAGGUGGAGGGGGGAGGGACGGGAGCUGGUGAAGUGGGGGAAGGAGAGAAGGCGGUGAGAGCGACAAAGGGCAAGAAGGAGGAGUCUAUUUUUGAGGCGCCUCAAAAGCAGGUUGAGGUGAAAGGGGAAGGGUUGGGAGGAGGUGCAGCGGAGAAAGGAGAGAAGGCGGUGAGAGCGACAAAGGGCAAGAAGGAGGAGUCUAUUUCUGAGGCGCCUCAAAAGCAGGUUGAGGUGAAAGGGGAAGGGUUGGGUUCUGGUGCAGCGGAGAAAGGAGAGAAGAAUCACGAGCAGCUGAGCAUAUUUGAAGCGACGAGGCUAGUGUGGAAUUACGUCAAAUCACACAACCUCAAGACGGGAAAAAACACAGCAGCGUUUGACGACAAGCUGAGGGCGCUCUUUGGGGUUGAGGAGGCUAAUUCCUCGAGAGUGCCGGGGCUGCUGCUCCCGCACAUGCAGGAAGUUGAAAGCGCUGACGGGGCCUCCCUUGGGGUUGCCGGGGCGCAUUCCACCAAAGUCCCAGGGCUGCUGCAGCCACACAUGCAGGAAGUUAGAGAAGCGGGGAAGGAAGCUUCUCAAGUGGGGAGGGAAGCUGCGCAAGUGGGGAAGGAAGCUUCUAAAGUGGGAAUGGAAGCUGCUCAAGUGGGGAAGGAAGCUUCAAAAGUGGGGAGGGAAGCUUCUCAAGUGGGGAAAGAAGCUGCUAAAGCGGGGAAGCGGAGCAAGGGUGUGAAAGAGAAUUCUGAGUCGACUCAAAAAGCAGGGAAAGGGAGCAAAGAUGUGAAGGAAAACAGAGGAGCAACGGAGCUUGCGCGGCUGAAGAAGCUUCCGAGAAGACCGUCUGAGCAAUUGAAAGAGAUCAUAGGGAAGGAGCACGAGCAGCUGAGCAUUCUUGAGGCAACAAGCCUUGUGUGGAACUAUGUCAAGGCCAACAACCUUCAAGCAGGCCCCAACACAGCAGCGUUUGACGACAAGCUGAGGGCUCUCUUUGGGGUUGACUCAGCUCAUUUCUUCGGAUUGCCGAAGCUGCUAUCGCAGCAUAUGGAGAUGGUGGAUAAUGAGGGGGACAGGACGAUGCAGAUAAGUGAAGGUGCUUUGAGUGAUACAGCUGAGGCUGACACAGCACCAGGAGGAAAAAGAAAGAGUGAAACUGUGGAAAGAAGAGCAGCAGAGGAAGAAGCAGGGCAAGACGCAGCAGGAGGAGGAGGAGCAGCAGCAGCAGCAGCAGCAGCAGCAGCAGCAGCUAGAGCAGCAGCAACAGGAGCAGGGGCAGCAGAAGCUGCAGGAGCAGCAGCAAAAUCAAAAGGUGCAGCAGUAAAGGCCGCGGCUCAGGGAGGAGGUGAUGGAAAGGAGGUUGGUGGUACUAGCUCAGGGAAAGAAGAGGCCCCUGCUAGACAACCAUCUCCAAUGCUCAAGCAGUUUCUGGGACUUGAGGGUGACAGCAUAAUUCUCAAGGAGGCAGGUCAUCAAGUGUGGCAGCGAGUCAAGGAGCAGGGGGAGAAGGUGGAAGUGGGAGAAGGGCGGCUGGCUCGAUACAGAGUGGAUGGAGAAUUGCAACAGUUGCUAGCUUAG